UUUAAUCUGCGUAGUUCCCUGACGUCUGCUGUUAACGCGUGUAUUAGCAGAUGUGUAGCACACCGAAUGUCAACUUCUCUCUUGCGUCGCACACUUUGUGCUGGGAACACUAUUCCAGAGAUUUAAUACUUUCAUUUAGACCGAGGAUCGCAUUAAUAUACAUCCAUUGUCGUUUAUUUUUUAUUAAGAACUAGAAAAGUUGGCAAUGUCUAAGAGUAAGACGCCAGAGAAAAAGCAAAAGAAGGCGGCACAGGUAACCCAAAACAUCAAUGUGCUUAGCAUUGGCAACAUCCUGUUGGUUGCUGCUUUAGCCAUUCUGGCGUAUCGAUAUUUCCAGUGUUGUGAUCAACCUGGGGAAGGACUGGCCAAAAAGCUGAAUGCAAGCUACGAUUAUAUUGUUAUCGGUGCCGGCUCUGCCGGUUGUGUGUUGGCCAACCGGCUUUCCGAGGACAGUGAUGUCAGCGUUCUGUUGCUGGAAGCGGGUGGCGACGACCGGGGAGAUUUCAACCUGAUGACUCCAGGUCUCUCUCACCUGAACAUGCACUCCAAGUAUGACUGGGAGUACUACACCGAGCCUCAGAAACAUGGUCUCAAGGGCUACAACCAGAGGAGGUCUUUCUGGCCAAGAGGGAAAGUUCUGGGCGGCACUUCCAACUUAUACAGCAUGGUUGUCAUUCGUGGACACAAGCUAGAUUAUGACACAUGGGCGGAGCUAGGAUCUGAAGGGUGGAGCUAUAACGAUGUUCUACCGUUUUUUAAAAAGUCUGAAGACAUGCAAGACCCAACACUUGCUCAAUCAGAAUUCCACGGUACUGGGGGACCGCUCAAAGUAUCGGUGCCCAAGACAAUGCCCUUGACCGACAUUCUUCUUGCUGCUGGUCAAGAACUAGGGCUAAAGAUAAGUGACCCGAAUGGAGAAGUCAUGGAAGGGCUCUCCCAGACACAGUCUCACUCUUAUAAAGGAGUUCGCUGGAGCACGUCACGUGGUUACAUCCACCCAAUCCUAUCACGCAAGAAUCUGCACGUGUACCUCAACUCUCACGUGACUAAGAUCUUGUUUGAAGGGAAACAAGCCGUGGGCGUGUCUCUCAUCCACGAAGGGCGUAAGGAGACUGUGAGAGCCAACAAGGAAAUCAUUCUGUCAGCCGGGGCUAUCGGCUCCCCACAGAUUCUCAUGCUGAGUGGCAUAGGACCCAAGGAGCAUCUGACAGAGCUGGGGAUACCAGUAGUUGCAGACCUGCCUGUUGGUUCCAAUCUACAAGACCAUCUAUUUUAUGAAUACUCGAUAGGUCUAAAUCAAACAGUGAGCGCUAGUCCUGAGAAACUGGAUUCCCUUUGGUCUCUCUUACAGCUCAAGUUGUUUGGUUCAGGUGUGCUGAGUUCCAGCCACUUCGUGGAAGUUCAGGUCUUCGACUGUACGGAUGAGAAGAGCCGGAAGCGGAACUACCCUGACUUUCAGAUCAUGUUCCAUCAAACUCCUUGGACCGUCGAGUCUCUCCGGAAGUUUGGCUACAGCGAAGAGACGUUGAAAGAGUCUGAACACCGUAACACACACACUGAUAUGUUUGCUUGUGAGGCUUCUUUACUGCGGCCUGAGAGUCGGGGCACCAUCAAGCUAAGGUCAAGUGAUCCCUUUGACUACCCGAUCCUUGACCCCAACUAUCUUCAUAGGCAAGAGGACGUGGACCUUUUAGUACGAGGUAUUCGAUACUGUCAACGCUUUGAACAGACCAAAGCCCUGAAAGGUUUAGGUGCGGUGCCAGCCGACAGACCGAACAAGUUUUGCAAAGAUCUGGGCUACGACACUGACUCUUAUUGGGAGUGUAUGGUCCGUCAAAAAAUCCACACCAUCUAUCAUCACUCAGGGACCUGCAAGAUGGGCAAAAAGGGUGACGCCACUGCCGUGGUAGAUCCUAGACUGAGGGUCCAUGGUGUCAAGGGUCUCCGUGUCGCUGACGCAUCCAUCAUGCCACUGAUUCCAUCUGGUAACACUCACACGCCAGUGGUGAUGGUGGCGGAGAAGGCGGCCCACAUGAUCAAAGAAGACAGACACGCUUCUGGAUGAAACUAACCCACUUCCUAGUUUCUAGUCUAGUUUACAAUUUACAUUUCAUGACUUCACUAUGACUUCACUGUGACUUCACUAUAACUUCACUAUGACUUCACUAUGACUUCAGUCUGCAUCACUGUAACUUAGAGACAUCUGUCGGAACAAAUUUCAAACUAGGAUUAAAAAAAUAUACAUAAAAACUAAUUAUUCAAUACUAGGAUUAAAUGCAACAAAGUAGCAUAAGUUUUUUUUUAGGAUAUUUUUUUAUGUUUCAUUGUUACCAUCAUUGUUCCUGUCUAUUCAUCAAAUACUAUUUCCCUGACAAACUAAAUAUAUUCCAUCAAACUAUUUUAAUUUGGUUAACUUUUUUUACCAUAAAAAUUCUUUCUGUAUUUUAAUAUUUUUAAAAAAUUCUUUAUUAAUUAAUCCCAGUUUACUUCUAUAUUGGUCAAGAACGAAACACAUCUACAAAAACCUACUCUUUAGAACAGUGAUUUAUUGUCUUUUCUCUCUCAACAAACAACUGAAGAAGAAAGUACAUAUCCACAUUCCCUCUUUUCCCAAGCCAUUAUUAUCUCUACAAAUUUCUUAACUUUAAUGUUAAUUUAACUUUAUUUUUUUUUAAGAAGCUUUUCCCAGCACAACCCACAUUUUGUUUGUCCUUCUACAGCCGGUAAGGGAAACAACUUAUUGGAGUCUGCUUCAUCCAGGCCAAGUUUGUCUAACAAAAGGAAUUAGUUUUAUGUCAACGCCAUAUGCACCGAUAUGUACAACAGUCUCUGAUCAGUGGCAUAGCUAGGGAUUUGGGGAUCCGGGGAGCUUGGCCUCUUUAGGGGGUCCUGCAUUUUGACAUUGAACAUCAUGACAUGUACUUCAUAACUAUAUAAGUCUAAUGUGUGGGAUACAUGAAGCAUGGUGUCACUAAGUUACACAACGACAUGAAUAACAAAAGAACGUGGAAUUGGCUUACUAACUCAUGCCGAAUAAAAAUAUUUGAACACUCAUCUGGGGGCGCCUCUCAAGAGGGGGCCAAGGGGGAUUUUCUAAUGUGGACCCCACUUCCCCCACCCUAGCUACGCCACUGCAGGUGAUGUGUCUUAUUCUUGUGUGUUUUAACUGUGUGAUUAUUAAAAGGGCCUGACUGUAUACGCUACUGACAUUUACAAUACAGAGAAGCAUAUUACAUAACAGGCAUGUUUCUUGUAACAACUUUAAGAAUAGUUGACAGAAUCCUACAUGGCAUGUAUGUGGCUCGUAUUGAUGUUAGAUUAGCUUGCUACUUAUCUUGAAUGCAUUUUGUAUUGACGAUUAGAUUCAUGUACAGUACAAUACUACAUAUUAGUGUAUUUUUAAAACACCUGUUGACUUGAAUGCUGCACACUUGUGUAGAGUAAACAAAUACACUGCAUGUUUGAAUUUGCUUUUACAAUCUGACACAGUAAUUAAAACUUAACUUGCAUGUAGCUUAGUAGAUUAAUACAAAGUGCUAGUCAAUGUUUAA